GCCCUUCCCCCUUCCCCUGGGCCUCAGCAGUGCCGCGGCCAACGCCGGGAUGUGGGCCUCGCUGUGGCUUCUCUGCGUGGGGGCUCUGCUGCCGGGACCUCCAGCCUGCCAUGCCUCCACGCCCGCGAGCACACGAGAGACGCUUCACUUCAAGUCAUGGCUGUCACAGCACCAGAAGCAGUACAGCGCUGAGGAGUACCCACAACGGCUGCACAACUUCCUCCGGGCGCGCAGGACCAUCAGCCGGCACAACUCGGGGAACCACACCUUCCAAAUGGGGCUGAACCAGUUUUCAGACAUGACCUUCGAUGAGAUCAGACGCAUGUACCUGUGGACACAGCCUCAGAACUGCUCGGCCACCAGAGGGAACUAUGUCCGGGGCACUGGCCCCUACCCGCCCUCGAUGGACUGGCGUAAGAAGGGCAAGUUCGUGUCCCCAGUGAAGAACCAGGGCAGCUGCGGGAGCUGCUGGACUUUUUCCACCACGGGGGCCCUGGAGUCCGCCGUCGCCAUCGCCGGCGGGAAGCUGCUGUCCCUGGCCGAGCAGCAGCUGGUGGACUGCGCCCAGGCCUUCAACAACCAUGGCUGCCAAGGGGGGCUGCCUAGCCAGGCCUUUGAGUACAUCCACUAUAACAAGGGCAUCAUGGGAGAGGACGCCUACCCCUACCGCGGACAGGACGGGCGCUGCAAGUUCCAGCCUGAGAAGGCCAUUGCCUUCGUGAACGACGUGGUCAACAUCACGCUGAAUGACGAGGAGGCCAUGGUGGAGGCGGUGGCCUUCCACAACCCUGUGAGCUUUGCCUUCGAGGUGACCGAUGACUUCAUGAUGUACAGAAAAGGCAUCUACUCCAGUACUUCCUGUCAUAAGACCCCAGACAAAGUGAACCACGCGGUGUUGGCCGUGGGGUACGGAGAGAAAGAUGGGGUGCCCUACUGGAUUGUGAAGAACUCUUGGGGGCCCUACUGGGGCAUGAACGGGUACUUCCUCAUCGAGCGCGGGAAGAAUAUGUGCGGGCUGGCGGCCUGCGCCUCCUACCCCAUCCCCCAGGUGUGAGCGUCCCGGGCCGGCACGGCUGCACGCGGAGGACACCCCCAGCGAUGGGCCCAGAGGGCCACAGGCCCCAAUAAACAGCCACUUCCGAGAA